CGCUCUUCUGGCCGUGGAGGCACAUUGUUCGGCGCGGGUUCAUUUCGCCCAGAACGAAUGGACGUCUGGCGCUUUUAGCCGCAGAAAACCCAACGCUUCCCGGGCGAGGAACGAGGCGCAGACCCCCGAAGACGGUGGCAGGCUGACCAGGAACACUGUGUUUCGUUCCCCUUUCAGCUGAGAGCCAGUUGAAAGAUUUUUUUUUCCUCCUGCUAUCCUGGAACACCAAACGUCCCCCUUGUUGCUAAUUAGACCCCUGCUCGUUCGGCGUGCGUGGUGUGAAGAUGACAGAGUACAAGCUGGUGGUGGUGGGAGCUGGAGGCGUUGGAAAGAGUGCUCUUACCAUCCAGCUCAUCCAGAACCACUUUGUGGAUGAAUAUGACCCCACUAUAGAGGACUCCUACAGGAAACAAGUUGUGAUCGAUGGAGAGACCUGCCUGCUGGACAUCCUCGACACUGCAGGUCAGGAGGAGUACAGCGCCAUGAGGGACCAGUAUAUGAGGACGGGAGAGGGCUUCCUCUGUGUGUUUGCCAUCAACAACACAAAGUCAUUUGAGGACAUUCAUCAGUACAGAGAACAGAUUAAACGCGUAAAGGACUCUGAUGAUGUCCCUAUGGUGCUUGUGGGGAACAAAUGUGACCUCCCGGCCCGUACGGUGGACACAAGGCAAGCCCAGGAACUCGCCCGUUCUUAUGGCAUCCCAUACAUCGAGACCUCUGCCAAGACACGACAGGGAGUAGAAGAUGCCUUCUACACACUGGUCAGGGAGAUCAGACAGCAUAAGUUGAGAAAGCUGAAUCCACCUGAUGAGAGCGGUCAGGACUGUAUGAGUUGCCGCUGUGUGGUAUCAUGAUACAGCUAGCUGUUGCAUGAGGAGAAGUGCUCCAGUGCGUAGAGGCAGCAUGGACUUCAAGGCGGACAGAAAAAAAAAACUCAAUGAUGACAUAUAAACUUUUUGAAAAAGACAAUGAUUGAAGCAAAGGCUCCUGAGGGCACCACCUGAGCUGACUGAACUCCAGGAUUUUAUGGAGAGGAGGAUUUUUGGAGUGUUGCUCAAGCGGCUAUCUGACAUAGCCUGGUCUGGUUCCUGUUUUUGCGCCACACUUCGACCUGUGAGCAGCACCACCGGUGACACCGCGGUGCCGACGUCAGCGUGGUCCUACUGGGCGGCUUUCCUGCUAACUUAUUGUUUUCAGUCUCAACACUGGUCUUAAAAGGGGUGUCACCAGUCAAUUUCCCACAUUGAAGACCUAAUUCCACACCCUCUGCUUGCCCACUGGAAAGACUGACUGACCUGAAAACUGGAAUGGACAUUUAGCUAACCCAACUUUUUUUGCCUUUGAUUUCCCUUAGGCAGAGAGUCCAUUCACUGGUCUGAAGCCCGGCAUGGGGGAGGUCUAUUAAUUGUUCUUAUUGUUCCUUAUUGUAGGGUAGUCUAGCUGACCUUGUUUAUGUUAUUAAAAUGGAACAUUUUUGUGAUUGGAGGGUUGAAAACUAAUAAAGCUGAAACGUUUGAUUGGACAGUUUUCAGGAUAGACAAAGUACCUUCAAAGGAGACUACAAAGACAAAUCAAUACAUCUACACUUUCAUCCUACAGGUGUAUGUUUGGUAGCUGUCUUUGUGCAACCGUGAUAGUGAUGGUCAGUGUACGUAGGAUCUGGUGCAAUAGGAUUCGUUACUGUUCAAUUUACACAAAGUAUUGGCAAUAAACCACCCCUCAUGACUGCGCAUUUGACUGUUUUCAUUUGGUUUCGGAAAGAGAAACUCGCAUAUGGGGCAUGAUUACGCAGUACGAAAACAUAUCCUAUGAUUGUAGAGUUAAAUGACAGACUGUGGUUUUAGGAGAAGAUGACAAUUGGUGGGUUUUGCCUCUUUUUUUUUUUUUAGAUACUAUAUGAUGCAUCACUCUUGAUGGUGAUGUCGGAUAAAUCGCUCCUCGUCAUUAAGGCUCAGGAAUCAGGGUACAGGAAGGUCUCCUUUAGCAGUUCUGCAGAUCAGGGUUUAAGGAUGUUUGUUACCAGUUAGCUUUGCAGAGUGUAAUGCACAAGUCUGACCUCAGAGGAAGAUUUAGGGUUGUUUUGUUUUGUUUUUUUACAUGCCAAACUACCCUCAAACUGCUCCUUUUUCCUCUGCCACCUCAACUCUUUCAAGGAACAAUAACAGGCCAGGUGCUAAUCAUGUCACAACCAUAUAUACUGUACAUGUGGGAUUAUUGUGUUUAAUAGGUGAUGGAUGUUGGGUUAUGGGAGUGCAUUGCUCUUUUAACAUUGACCAGCUUGUGCCCCAUAACUGCAUUAAUGUGCUGCCUAAAUGCAAAAGACUGCUCUGUUUACUUUGCCUUAGCUAGUUUGUACCUCAUCAGCAGCAAGAGACAUCUUUGAGUUCUACAGUACUUGUUGCAUUGUUUUGUUUAUUUGACUGUGUGCAAGAAAAUGUAGAAGUGUGUUAGGAUGUGCACUGUAUAUAAUUUGAGAGUCAGGACAAGCCAAUUAAAAACACUACAUUGAUUUAAAAAAGGGGGCCAGUUUCUGUAAUGUGAGUCUGAAUAUGUUUGUUCUGUUCUGUUUAACACGACUGAAAAACAAAAUGAAAAUUGAGAACAGGAAAACACCCAGUUGUCUGCGCUGCGUUGAUCCCAUGUUCAUACUGUAAGUUUGCAUUGAUCUAAUAUGUGAUGGUAAGUACUUGAAUUUGUUAUUUUCAGCCUAGAUUCUUUUAGUAGUUGAUAGAGAUGGUCAUGUAUGACCAUGAAUGGAGUUCCAGAAGCUACAGACAGUUUCACGCGAGCAUUUAUCUAAUUUCUCCUCCAUUAAAGAUGUCAAAGGAUAUUUUUGCAUUUUUUCAUUUUAGUGUUUCAGUUUUAAUAAUUUGUCUGCAGUCUAAGAAAAGACCGUCUUCACUCGGAACACGGCUUAAAGGCCGUCUACUGUGUACAGGACUGUCAUAUUGUUUAUAGGUCAGUUGCUCGUUUAUUUGAAGAACGUAAAAUGUGAAUGUGUUCAAGACUCCUGUAAAAGAUUUACAGUUCUGAACCAAGGUCGGGGUUGUUCCCUGUUUCCAGCUUUGGUUUUGGCUCGUUACCUGUUACUGGAAGAAGAGUUGAUUGUGUAUUAACUGGUCCUGCUAGUUUUUCCCCCCUGAUGCAUUUGUAAUACCUGAGAAUUUCACAAAGCUAUGCAUUCAAGAUGUCAUUAUGUUAGUGUCAGCUGUGGGAAAAUGUCAGAAAACCUGGUGAGCAUGGACAAAAUCUGCUUUGGGAAGCUUUACGUGGCCCGUGUCUCCACUGGAAAAGUGUGGAAGGAAUUUGUGAAAUGAUUAAUUGUUUAGCUAUUUAAAAUGUAUUUACUCUUUGAGAAUGUGGCGACUGUGUUGCAGGACAGGAAUAAAACUGUCAACCUGA